AUGGCAUUCCCAUCAGGGUAUAGGUUCAACCCAACUAAAAUCUUGAAGAAUGCUUUGCCUUGCAACAUCAUUCAAGAAAUUAAUCUUUAUGAUUAUCAUCCUCAACAACUAUACAGGAAUUUCGCAUUCCCACCAGGGUAUAGGUUCAACCCAACUGACGAGGAGUUGGUGGUUCAUUACUUGAGCAACAAAGUCUUGAACAAUGCUUUGCCUUACAACAAUAUUAUAGAACUUAAUCUUUAUGAUUAUCAUCCUCAAGAACUAUAUGAUUUGCACAUGAGACAAGGAGAAACCGCCAUGUACUUCUUCUCGCCAAGGGAACGAAAGUACCUACAUGGGAACCGUCCGAAACGAAAGGCUGGCGAAGGAUAUUGGAAGGCUUGCGCCACUAGUUCUCCCAUCAAAAUAAACAAUAUCAAAGUAGCAAGCAAGAGGGUUUUAGUUUAUUAUAACGGGGACAAUAAAAAUUCAACAAAGACUAACUGGAUCAUGUAUGAAUAUGUAAUGGAGCAACAUAGCAUUCCUGCUGUAAGUAAGCCUAAUUUCAACAAAAAAUCUCAGAUUGCUUCGAGCUCAAGUGCCGUUUCUGUUGACAAUAAUAUGAAGUUGGAUGAUUGGGUAUUGUGCAAAGUCUAUGAGAAGGGAUGCAAAUCAAAGGACAAGAAUGAAGAAACUAGUAGUAAAGUUAGCUCUGAGCUUCAAAUUCAAACAAACGCUGAUAAUUCUACUUGUUCUACAGCUUCACUGCAGAAAAAAAUUGAUGAAAUCAAUUCAACACAUCAUCAUACUUAUGAUCAGCAUGUAGGUUGUCACAACUUUGCGCCUCAAUUGGUGCAAGGGACUCUUCAAGAUCAAUUUUGUUUCAACCAUUCUGCGCCUCCAACAGAGAGUAUUCAUCAAUGCAAUAUGAAAAUUUGUCCUCGCUUGAUGCUGCCGAUGAUUGAACAUAAUUUCGGUUCUACUAGCGAUUCAUUACCGAUGCAGACAACUGGUCAUAAUUUUAAUGCUUUCUCUACCAAUUUUGCUCCUGGGACACAAAAUGUGCAUCGUUGUUCGCCUUCUUCUAUAAUACAACCAACUGGUGGAUCUCAGUACAUUCCUUCUACCAGAUCCCCGCAACUAUUUAUGGAAAUAGACGAUUAUGGCUGCACCGACAUUUUGCCUAUGCCUCUGAUGCAAAAGGAGUUCAAUACAUCAAAUUAUGUUGGUUCCAGCAGCUGGGCGCCUGCAAUGCAAGGAACAAAUGGAGGUGAUGCCACGGAUAGUGGUGAAUCUACCAAUUUAGUGCAGAUUCAUGUUGCCGGUUCUGGCAGCUCUGCACCUCUAGUACAAAGAACUGAUGAUCAAUGCAUCGUGGCCACCUCUGAGCCUAUUCUUGAUAAUUCUGCAUCAGUCUUUCCUCCUUUUGAUGAGUGGCAUCCUCCUGAUCUUCCUAGUUUUGAAGAAAAGAAACCAGAUAGUCAUAAAUGGCUAGCAUAG